UCCUAGCCGUUUUGCGAUUCUCCAUAUUUCCCAGCCUUUUGGUGAUUCUCUGUAAUUGGUAGCUUUCUGGCGCUUUACCACUGGCGAACCGUUUUCUUUUGUGCCUUUUCCUCCUCUGGCUAGUUCGAAGACAGUUCGCUUCCGCCAGCCAUGGAUUUCGAGCUGCGGAGGGCGCAGCAGCGGUACGAGAAGGAGCAGCGGGAGAAGCGGGAGAAGGCGAGGGUGAAGGCGGAGAGGGAGCGGAAGGCCAAGGAGGAGAUCGAGGCGCGCAGGCGGGCCAUCGAAGAGGCGCAGCGGAUCAAGCGGCUGGAGGAAGCCGCGGCUGCUGAAGCGGCGCGUCUGCAGCUAGAUGCCGAUCUGCAAGCGGGAGGCGGCAUCCGCUUCAAUCGCGAGCUGGUCCCCGUGGCUAUAGCGGGCGACCGCGAUAAGAUCACGCUGCCCCAGUCCGUGCUGUCCGACCUCCCUCUUAACGAGGCCCUCGAUAGAGGCCCCAUGCUCUUCGAGCUCUCCGUUCCGCGCGCCGCUGGCGGAAGCACGAUCGGCGGAAGAGCAGCAGGCGGAAGCAUGCUUGGCGGAAGCGGAAGAGUUGGGGGAGCGGAACCUAGUGCGGGGGAAGGGGGAAUGGAGGUGGAUGGGGAGGAGGAGGACGACGACGUAGACGAGGGGGAUUAUGCGGUAGAUGUUCAUCUUAACGGGGGUGAUUCUAACGGGAGGAGAGUGAAGAGGAGGGUGACGCACGGAGGUGUUUUGGAGUUUACUGCACCUGAGGGCUGCGUAGGCCUCCCUCCACUUAUCCUCCGAAAUUUAGGGUUAUCAGGGAUUAUAGACGUCUUUAAUUCGACUACUAGUCCCCCGCCUGUGCGCGUUCGUUUUGUCCGCCUUCCUAAAGCCACGUUUGCGCGACUCCAGCCGCUGCGACACGGGUUCCUUGCUGACGUGGCGAACCACCGCGCUGUGCUGGAGGCGGCGCUGCGGGGCCAGGCGGCGCUGACACGUGGCGACGUGCUACUGGUCGGGUCGGAGGUCGGGGAGGUGGCGGUGCGCGUGUGCGAGGUGAAAGGGGUGGGCGGCGCGAGCGGCGCUGCUACAGUGAUUGAUGCUGACGUGGAAGUUGAGGCCGGUAAGGGAAGGAAGCUGAGGGAAGAAGAGAGAGGCGAGGAGAGAGAGGAGGGGGCUGAAGAUAGAAGCACAAGUGGCGGUUUAGGGAGGUUUGGAGAAGGAAGGGGGGGAGAGGAGGGAGGAGUGGGGACAGGAGGAGAGGGGGGUGUCAAGAGAGAGGUGAUUCACGUGGGGAGUGCGGAUAGGCGGUUAGUGGUGCUGCCGAUAGGGGGGAAGGGAGUAUCAGGAGAGAUUAAGGAGGGCGAAUGGAGGUAUUUUAAGGUGUAUGUGGAUGGACGGCUGGCCAGACGGCUGUAUCUGGGUGAGGUAGAACUGGCGUUCCAGCUGAAGGUUGAGAGGGGGGCGGCUGAACUGGACGCUGACGUGGCACGCGGAGGUGAUGACGUGGCGGAGGGCGAUGCUGACCUGUACCUGUCCAGGCACCCGAUUGUGUACCCCUCGUUUCUGGACCAUGACGUGGCAUCCAUUCUCCCUAUCGGCUCAAAGACACUAAGCCUUUCUGCAUCAACACUAUCAGAAACGGCAGCAGCAUCAGCAGCAGGAGCAGCAGCAGCAACAGCACCUGCAGCAAGAGAAGCAGCGACGGUUCUAGUACCAGCAGCAGCAGCAGCAGCAGCAGCAGCUGAGGAGCUUAAGGAUCCUGCCACGUACACUAUAGCAGUGCACGGUGCAGCAGGCAUAUGCAGGUUUAAUCUGUCUGCACAGACUAAGGAGUUAAUCUCCUCGGAUUCAGCUGCAGCUGCAGACCAGGCUAUGGCUACUAAUAAUGCACCUGCACCAGGAAAGGAGGCGAUUUCUGCUGGUUCUGCUGCUGCAUCCCCUCCCGACCAAUCCCGUUGCGGCAACUGUCGCCAGCUCAUCGCCACGCGCACGCUGCCGCUCCACGAGGCAUACUGUUCCCGGCACAACGUUGUUUGUCCGCAUCCCGGAUGCGACUUGGUGCUGAGAAAAACCGACUUGGAGUCAGGGAGUCACCAGCACUGCCAGGAGUGCGGGGAGGUGUUUGGGGGGAGGAGGGAGAGGGAGAAGCAUGAGCAGGUUCGGCACGGGGAGAUUGCGUGCGAGUGUGGAUUCGAGGGGAAGGCAUCUGACGUGCGCCACCAUCGUCGCACCACCUGUCCUCGCCGUCCUAUUCUCUGCCGCUUCUGUGCUGCUCUCGUGCCGUCCCUCGGCCCCCCUGCCUCCUCCCGAGACCGCCUGAACGGCCUCUGUGCCCACGAGGCCCAAUGUGGGGCCCGCACUGCCCCCUGUGACACGUGUAAGAGGCCGGUGAUGCUGAAAGAGAUGGAUGUACACGUGGCAGCUUUCCAUUCGCCAGCAGCGACAGCAACGGCAGGCCCAAUAACAAUGCCUGCCACGUCAGCAGCAGCACCUCCAGGUGGCGGGAGGAGCAUGCGCGCCGGGACAGAUAUGGACGAAGAGUCCAACUGGCAAGGGUUUGGCAGCGCUAGUGAUCGAGAGCAAUGGGGUAGAGCCUUUGCAGGUGGCUUUGCUGGUGGUUUUGGUGGGGAGGAGGGGGAAAUUGAGGGGCGAGUUUUGGAGGGGGUGGGGGAUGUUGGUACUACGAGGGGUGGGAGUCUGGGGGGAGAUUUGGAGAGGACGGGUGGGGCGGUUUCUGGGCGGUCGAUGAAUGUGGGGUGCCCUAUUUGUGGUGUAAUGGUGCACAGCGAGCGAGACCUCAACGUGCAUCUAGAUGCUGCGCAUUGAUAUGAGUGCACAAUAAUAUAUUAGACAUGUA